AUGCUUAUCUCUUGCCCUAACUUUUUUCUUUCUACAAGAAGCUGUAGCAGUGAUCAAUAAAUGAGCAUCCAUACAAUGACUUUCCUUCUUUUUCUUCUUCUUUUCUGGUGGUGGAUUCCCUGCGGUCAGGUUUCCAGGCAGACUCAAGCGCAGGAUUCCUACCAUGAUAAAGGCAGAGAGCACGCUGAGGAAGGAAAGCAUCCAGACAGUGGCUUAUACAGCAAGGGACCAUCAUACUCUGGUUAUUCUGGGUAUAUCAUGAUGCCAAAUAUGAAUAACGACCCAUACAUGCCUAAUGGAUCUCUGUCGCCACCCAUCCCCAGAACAUCAAACAAGGUGCCAGUGGUACAGCCUUCUCAUGCGGUUCACCCCCUCACCCCUCUUAUCACCUACAGCGAUGAGCACUUUUCCCCGGGGUCGCACCCGUCUCACAUCCCCUCCGACGUCAGCUCCAAACAAGGCAUGUCCAGGCAUCCUCCAGCUCCUGAUCUCCCUACCUUCUAUCCCUUGUCUCCAGGGGGGGUUGGACAGAUAACACCACCUCUUGGCUGGCAAGGUCAGCCUGUAUAUCCCAUCUCGAGUGGAUUCAGGCAGCCCUAUCCAUCCUCACUCUCAGUCGACCCUUCCAUGUCCAGGUUUUCACAUCACAUGAUUCCUGGUCCUCCAGGCCCUCACACAACUGGAAUCCCUCACCCAGCUAUUGUAACACCUCAAGUAAAACAAGAACAUCCGCACAACGACAGUGAGCUAAUGCAUGUGAAGCCUCAGCAUGAACAGAGGAAAGAACAAGAGCCAAAAAGACCUCAUAUUAAGAAACCUCUGAAUGCUUUCAUGUUGUACAUGAAAGAAAUGAGAGCGAACGUUGUAGCAGAGUGUACUCUGAAAGAAAGCGCAGCUAUCAACCAGAUUCUUGGCAGAAGGUGGCAUGCUCUCUCCCGUGAAGAACAAGCGAAAUAUUAUGAACUAGCUCGUAAAGAAAGGCAGCUACACAUGCAGCUUUAUCCAGGCUGGUCUGCAAGAGACAACUAUGGGAAGAAAAAGAAGAGGAAGAGAGAAAAGUUGCAGGAAUCAGCAUCAGGUACAGGCCCCAGAAUGACAGCUGCCUACAUCUGA